GAAAAGGAAGACCAGCAUCCACAAGCGCGCAGAGAGAGAGAGAGAGAGAGAGAGAGAGAGAGAGAGAAAUGGGGCUGAACAGCUCGCUGGUGGUGUCGGUGGCGAAGGUAUCGGCGAGCGCGUGCCAGUGGAUAGCGUGCAAUCCGGAGCGGCUCAGCAGCGAGCAGGUGCUGUACCUCCUCUUCUGCUUCCCCUGCGAGAACCUGCAACGAUUCGGCCUCGCCCUCUGGGCUUGCCUCUGCUUCCCUUCCCUCGAUCCUUCCUCCUCCGACUCCGAUUCCCACUCCGAUUGAAGGUGUAAAUAAAGUUUUGAUUCGAUGUUGGAGGAAAUGUCAUGUCUUCUGAUUAUGUUAAAUACAGGGGAUUGACUCCUGUUCGUGAUUGUCGCAGUUCCCUUUUUCGAAUGAUUUGUUGAGAUUUGUCCGUUCUCUUUGAUCUGGGUAGACGUUAAUCUUGUCGGGAAGGGAGGUUGGAAAUGGAUGAGCGUUUAGAGGAAGGAAGCUCGUCUCUCUCUCUCUCUCUCUCUCUCUCUCUCUCUCUCUCUCUCCGGACGCUCGUUUCUUCUUCUUUCUCCUCCUCUUCUACUCCGCUGCUGAUCCCUGGCCGAGACAUGAGCCCUUUCGCAGCCAUGGCGGCUAAUUUACAGGUCUCGCCUCACCUCUACACUCUCCCCAGCUCUUCUCAUUCAAAUCGCACCGGGAGCGGCGUCCGGGGCUCCGUGCCCCCAAGGAGCAAGCACCUCUUCUCGCGGACUUUCUUGUGUCAGCGGAGACCGGAUGAGGCGGCGCAUCUCCGUCGCUAUCGAACUGUGCCUCAAGCGUGGGAAUCAGAACGUUUUGCGAGCAUUUCUUCAUCAAGAAGUAAGGAAACGACUUCGGUUGGUGUUGCUCCACAGUCGCCAGUGCCGCCUCCUCCAUCUUCUUUUGGAUCGCCUCUGUUUUGGAUUGGUGUUGGUGUUGGACUCUCAGCACUGUUUUCAUGGGUGGCAAAUUACCUGAAGAAAUAUGCUAUGCAACAAGCUUUUAAGGCUAUGAUGGGCCAGAUGAAUUCACAAAACAACCAGUUUGCCGGUUCUCCCUUUUCUUCUGCCUCACCUUCUCCAUUUCCGAUGGGUUCAGCACCACGACCAACUCCCUCUCCAAUGGCUACCUCUCAAACAUCUACAGUUGAUAUAUCUGCAACAAAAGUAGAAGCUGUGAAAGCAGAAACAGCACCGGUUGCAGAUGUCAAAGAUGAGAUAAAGAAGGAGGAAGAACCGAAGAGAUAUGCUUUUGUGGAUGUUUCUCCAGAAGAAACAAAGCAAAAGAGUCCUUUUGAAAACUUCAAGGAUGUGACAGAAGCAACUUCAUCUGAAGCUACUCAGUUUGUCAGCAAUGUCUCUCAAAAUGGAUCUGCUUCUAAGUCGAUGGAUAGUUCUUCUGAGGCAUCCGAAUUAACUGGAAAAGGAAGCUCCGUUUUGUCUGUGGAUGCUUUGGAGAAAAUGAUGGAAGAUCCAUCUGUGCAGAAGAUGGUUUUCCCGUAUCUACCUGAGGAGAUGAGGAACCCUGAAACCUUCAAAUGGAUGCUACAGAAUCCACAAUAUCGUCAACAGUUGGAAGAAAUGCUAAAUAAUAUGGGUGGAAGCAGUGAGUGGGAUGGCAGGAUGAUGGAUUCUUUGAAAAAUUUCGAUCUCAGUAGUCCUGAGGUCAAGCAACAAUUCGAUCAAAUUGGCCUUACACCUGAAGAAGUCAUUUCGAAGAUAAUGGCCAAUCCUGAAGUUGCAAUGGCUUUUCAAAACCCCAGAGUGCAGCAGGCAAUCAUGGAUUGUUCCCAAAACCCACUAAGCAUUGCCAAAUAUCAAAACGACAAGGAGGUGAUGGAAGUAUUCAAUAAAAUAUCAGAACUUUUCCCUGGUGUGUCUGGUCCUUGAUCCAUAUGUUCAUCAUUAUUACCGUAACUUCCCAUCCAUCCGACGAUUAUGGCAAGAGAAGCUUGCAUCAGAUCGACCAAAUCUGGUCUAAUAUUGAGCCUACUCUGGAUGACUCCUGCUGUCUACAAACAUAGCAUAUUCGUGUCCACAGCAAGUUUCUUCCUGCUUUACAAUGGCUGAGUAUGUACCUUUUCCCUCUUUGAAAUCUGUCCGAAAGUUUUGUAAUCUUGUAGUAAUUGUUGUAGCGCAGAAUAGCUACCAGACGACUUAAAUUUGUUUGUGUUACUAGUGAAGAAUGAUGUAACUUUUGCAAAGUUGUACAUAGUGCAUCUUGGAGCGCUCUCUCUC